AUGGCGAUUCAGUCUCGACUGCGCCCCAUGUGGGAGUCGGCAAAGAUGAAGGCGCUUGAGCGUGCCAUCAACUUUGCCGUCUUCUACUCCCAAAACUACACAAACAUCCAGCGCGUGCUGCGUGUGAUUUACUUUACCGGACUCUUGGGUGGUAUGGCUAUGAUGUUCAAGCCACGCAAGGGCAAGUCGGGAGCGCAGCAGGAAGUUGCGGCGGCGCGCAAGGGCCGCAGGGGUGGCAGCGACAGCAAGAAGCCGCCGCGCGUUGCGGUCGACAGUGUUUUCUUCAAGCGCCUCGGCUAUCUGCUGAAGAUCAUCUUCCCGUCAUGGCGCUGCAAGGAGAUGGGCCUGCUGGGCGGUUUCACCCUGGCGCUCGUCUUCCGUACGUUCUUGUCACUGUACGUUGCCGACCUCGACGGUCGCAUCGUCGCCUCGCUGGUGCGCGGUGAGAAGCGCUCGUUCUUUAUGAAUGUGCUCGCGUGGAUGGCCAUUGCGGUUCCGGCCGUGUUCACCAACAGUAUGAUCACGUACCUGAGCUCGUCGCUGGCCGUCGCGUACCGCGUGCGCCUCACCGACUUUAUCCAGCACAAGUACCUCCAGAAGCUCACCUUCUACAAGCUGAGUAACCUGGACGACCGUGUGAAGAACGCCGACCAGCUCAUCACGGUCGACGUGCAGAAGUUCAGCCGUGCGCUUGCCACGCUCUACGGUAACAUUGCUCUGCCCGUGCUCGACGUGAUGCUGUACAACUUCAAGCUCAGUACCACGGUCGGCGCCGAGAUGAUGAUGGCCACGACGCUCAUCAUCCGUCUCACGACGAUCCUCCUGCAGAAGCUCACCCCGCCGUUCGGCCAGUAUGCUGCGACCGAGCAGCAGCUCGAGGGUGAGUACCGCUUCAGCCACGCGCGCCUCAUCGAGAACUCGGAGGAGGUCGCCUUCUACCGUGGCCAGGAGCUCGAGAAGCAUCUCAUCGACCGCUCCUACUUUUCCCUCAUUAAGCACGUGAACCGCGUGUUCCACGUCCGCAUCGGUCACGGUAUGAUGGAGGAGGGUGUCGUGAAGUGGCUGUGGGGUGCCAUUGGUCUCGUCAUUUGCUCGGCCCCUGUCUUCUUCAAGGUGCCGGGCAUCACGAUGGGCGGCGGCGGCGGUAGCGACAUGGGCUCGCGCACCGAGCUCUUCGUUACCAACCGUCGUCUGCUCCUGUCGUCUUCGGACGCCAUGGGCCGCAUCAUGUACAGUUACAAGGAGCUCUCGGAGCUUGCUGGCUACACGGCGCGUCUCAUGGAGCUGAUCGAGGUGAUGGAAGAGGUCGAGCAGGGCAAGGCCAAGAAGCGCACCGUCACUUCAUCGAACGACGAGGAGAAGCAGCAGAAGGAGAACAUCUUCUCGCGCCGUGGUGAGAUCUCGGAGGGCUCCGAGGAGGUCAUCUUUGAUCAGGUCCCGAUUGUCAGCCCCAACGGCGACGUGCUCCUCGACAAGCUCUCGUUCCACAUUCACCCGGGCCAGCAUCUCCUGAUCAUCGGCCCGAACGGCUGUGGUAAGAGCAGCAUGUUCCGUAUCCUCGGUGGUCUCUGGCCGGUGUACGGCGGCAAGGUCAUCAAGCCUUCCAAUUCUGACUUUACCUACAUUCCUCAGCGUCCUUACCUCUCGCUGGGUACGCUGCGUGACCAGAUCAUCUACCCCGAUACGAUCGAGGAGAUGCACGCCAAGGGCGUCACGGACGACGACCUGAUGAACAUCCUCCAGGUCGUCCAGAUCCAGAGCAUUGUCGAGCGUGAGGGCGGCUGGGACGUGAAGCGCGAGUGGCGUGACGCUCUCUCGGGCGGUGACAAGCAGCGCAUUGCUAUGGCCCGCCUGUUCUACCACAAGCCCAAGUACGCUAUCCUGGACGAGUGCACUAGCGCGGUGACGCUCGACAUUGAACGUAUCAUGUACGAGCACGCGACGGACCUGGGCAUCACCAUGCUUACUGUCUCGCACCGCCCGUCGCUCUGGAAGUACCACUCGCACGUGCUCCAGUACGACGGCCAGGGCGGCUACGUCUUCACGGAGCUCGACGCGGAGAAGCGUCUCGUCCUCCAGGAAGAGAAGCAGCAGCUCGAGCAGAAGCUCCUGCUUCUGCCCAAGUGGCAGGAGCGCCGCGAGGAGCUCCGCGCUAUCCUCGCCAACCGCCCCAAGGGCAACCACCCUAAGGAGACUCCUAAGGAGGCACCCAAGGCCGAGACCCCCAAGGCCGAGACCCCCAAGGUCGAGGCCCCCAAGGUCGAGGCCCCCAAGGUCGAGGCCCCCAAGGUCGAGGCUCCCAAGGUCGAGGCCCCCAAGGUCGAGGCUCCCAAGGCCGCGGCUCCCAAGGAGGCCCCGCAGCCGGCCGCUGCGCCGCGCAAGAAGGACACCUCGAAGAAGUCCAAGCCCAAGGCCCCCGACGCGCCUGCGGACGCGCCUGCGGACGCCUUUGGCUCGAACAACGGCUCUGGCCCUGCCCCUCCGAUCGACUUUGCGGCCCUGAGCAGCUCGAAGCCGUCCAAGUAA